ACCGAGAAUCAUUGUAGCGGAGGCUUUAGGUUUCUCUCUACGUGGUUUAUGAACUUGUUCGUCUUGCUUGAAUCUCCAAAAAUUUCUCUACUUAAAAAAAGAGAUAAAUAAACACUGAGCGUUGGAGAAAGAGAGAACAAGAAUUUGAACAAGUAUGUACAUACAUACAAGCGACACAAGCCUAAUAAUGAUUGCGGUGUAGGCCGUUGCAUCUAUAACCUCAAACUGAGUGAGACGUAACUUGCAACAACUGUUUUAUAAAAGUGAAUAAGAGACUCUCAUCAAGAAUUAUCAUGUCACUCGCACGACGAGGACAGCAUUGGGGAACAUUCGCUCGCAUGUGGCAUGUAUACGAUGCAAAAUGGCAAGAUCCUUUCAAGAGUGCUGAAGUGAUAAAACAUUAUCUCAUGGGAAUGUACAAACCAAUAUAUCAUCCAAUGAAUAAUUGCGGCGAUCAUGUGGUAGUGAUAAAUAGUAAGGAGAUCGCCUUACGCGGAGAUGAAUGGCGAAAACGUGUAUACUUUCAUCACAACACAUAUCACGGAGGCGCAACUUGGACUCUCGCGUGGGAAUUACAUAAUAAGGACCCAACUCUGAUUGUGGAGAAAGCCGUAUACAGAGCGUUGCCGAAGAACUUGCAACGGAGGUACACUAUGCAAAGACUGCACAUAUUCCCGGAUGAAAAGAUACCCGAGGAUAUGUUGAAAAAUAUUAGUAAUCAAAUUAAACAGCUGAAGGCCGUCCCCGUUCGACUGGAUCAUAUUCCACAGAAGGAAAUCGAUGAUUUCCCACAACUUUUAAAGUAUCCCGAAAAUUAUAUUCUUAAAUAAGUUUAAUAUCAACGCCAAAUUUAUGCAGUAAUGUAUCCACAAGAUGAUAAUACAACUAAUAAUACUGACG